AUUAGAGAAAACAACAGUGGGAAUCCGUAUUCUGAUGUAUUCUGGCUUGCUGUGCUUGUUCAGUCAGUUGGUGAUCUCGAAUUCUGUCAACAGAGUUUAACGUUUUUAGCCCCUCUUCUGAAGCGCAUUGACAGACUCUUGCAGUUUGACAGGUUGAUGCCAAGCUACAAUGGCAUCUUGACAAUUAGCUGCAUCAGAACGUUGGCACAGACUGCUCUCAAGCUUUCUGAUUCCAUCAGUUUCGAACACAUCUGUAAACUUAUUGAACCUUUCCGAAACUCGGAUACAAUAUUGCAAGUUCGUGUAGAAGCAAGUAGGGCACUUCUUGACAUCGAGUACCAAUCCAAAGGGAUAAGUUCUGCCCUUUUGUUGUUUAAAAAAUAUGUGGUAGAAGAAUCAUCUUUGAGAGGGCAGGUUAAAUUGUGUGUACAUACGAUGCGGUUAUGUCAAAUAGCAGUUGGAUAUGACUCCGAAGAUUGCGUCGACACUGUUAGUCUUCUGGAUUUGCUGCAUCUAUUCAAGAGCCAUGUAGUAUUCAACAAUGAAUUUCUUGGCCACUACUUGUUCUGCAUUUUCCAAAUCCUCGCUGGAAGACCCCCAACGUUGUUUGGAGUGCCCAAAGAGAAACCUUUGCAGCUUGUUGAUGUGGAGGCCUGCAUUGAGCCGAAGAAUGUAUUUUCGGUCCCGGGAGCAGAAGCAGGGGGGCCAUCACUUUUGGCACUUGGAGAUGCCAAAGGAAAAUCGCUGGAUGUUGUUCCUUUUGGUGUUCCAGCGAGAUCACAGGAAAUGUUCAUGCCUAUUGUUUCUGAACUGAGGUUUCCAGAACCUGUUGCUGCGUAUGAGGCUCAGCAUCUUGAACCUCACAUGGAAAGUCAAAACCAACCUUUACAUGAAAAUCCCAUUGUUAAUGAGAUUCCAUUGGAUGGCGAAGCCCCAAGAGAAGAAUUAGCUAAUAGGGAAGUAAACCCAUACCCUCCAAUAAAGGAACGUCAAAAAGAACCUGAUGUGGCGUCUGUGUCUGUUAGUCACGAGGUCAAGAAGUCUGUUAUACGGAUCAAAGUCAGACCAUCUGGUGCGACCAGCAGAGCCGAGGGAUCAGCACGAUCCAUAGAAAGAUCUCAAGGGAUUGUGGUACGACAUGAUAUAGACCGGGGACAAACUAGUUCAGCUUCAGUGGAUGCUCCACAGAGAAUCUCAACGGAUGCUGUGAGCAUAAGCAAUCAGAAUCACGUGGAGGAAGUAAAUUCGUGUCACGAUGUCGGAUCUCGCAUGACCGCAAGUAUCGGCAGUGUAAAAUUUGUAAGCGAAGGCGAUACAUUUGGGAAAGAGUUGCAAUGCACUGCUGAGUCUGGGAAAACUUCGACAAGCCAGAAGGCAGAUAAUAACAUCCAAAUCGCAGCGCCUAGCUUCAUACCAGUAGAUAAUAGUAUGGAAAACGAGGCGCAGCAGAAAUACGCGAGCCUUCAAACACUAUCUGUUGGUAAAGAAAAGGAUAAGAAGAAAGACAAGGAAAAGAAAGAGAAGAAGAGGAAGAGAGAAGACCCGGUUUACCAAGAAAAGAAACGGUUAAAGAAAGAGAAGAAACGGAAGGAGAAAGAAAUGGCAAAGCUUGUGAGCAGCACUUCGGAUCCAGCUAGGGAGAAGAAGAUAGAGAGUGUCGUCGCGGAGGCUAAAGUAGAAGAGCCAAGCAAUGAUGCCGAAUUGGUAAAGGUUGAAACCGAGGCUGAGCCAUCAGCUCGUCCGUUUCCCAAGUUCCGAAUCAAGUUGAAAAGCAAAGCGUUCAACAGCUCGUAAUGUGUGAGGCAGUCGUUUUGGUGUUUCAAAACUGCUACUUGUCGCUAUGGCUUGUUAAAGUAUCUGAUUAAAAAAAAUGCAUAGAAUCGAGGAGACUUGUAUACAAAAAGCUUUGUUGUUGCAAUGCAAGCUGUGAUAUGUCCAAUGCGCUUUAAGCCUCUCUCCUAGCUUUGGGUACACGCCAGAGUUGAAGCGCGCUCCACGUCAGUUUCACGAACUAACGUUAGAAUUGAAACAGUGCACACAUUUAAUACCAGUGGACCGAUCUGACAAUUAAUUUCCUGCAGCUUUUUAUUUUAUAAGUGGGCGUUAUGAAAAUUCAAUGGAACAAUUAACCCCUAAUUAUACAGUUAAAGUUUUGAGUGAUUGUUUAAA